CUUUUCAUUUAAAUAAAUGGUUAGCAGCAACCAUUAGCGACGACUAUUGGUUUUGUGCUUCAUCGACCUCCCCCUGCCGUCGUCGUCGUCGUCGUCGUCGUCGUCGUCGUGGCUUUCGGGUUUUCGACGUCCUCUCAAUCUCGUUCUUUCUAUCUAUCGCUGAGAAGAGGGAGUUAGGGAGUGGUGGGCGGGUUAACGCGACUCGGGGCACCGGGGGUGGGCAGGUGAGCGGAUGGCGUUCCCCAACCACCUCUCGCACGAGAUGGGGCUGCCGCAGUACUCGGACAAGCAUUUGGGGGAGGGCCCGGUGGUGCUCAGGACCAUGAACCAGCACGGAGGACAGCACUCCUCCUCCUCCGACGCCAAGGACGGCAAGGACCUUCACCGCCUCAUGGCCGAGGCCUCCGGGAAGCCGUCGCUCGCCGCCGGAGGCAGGGGAGGAGGGGGGCCGACGUGGCUCAACAGCGCAAUUCUCCGGCAGCAGGGCCACCACUACGUGGACGGGAGCUUCCUCCACCUCCAAUCCACCUCCGACUCGUCGGCGUCGCCGGCGGGCGGAGCCGCAGCCUCCAGCGGCGGCGGGGGGCAGUGGCUGCCGCGGCCGGCGAUCCUGCAGCGGAGCGGGAGCGACGAGGAGGUACCGGUGUCCAGCGACUCCAUGAUCGCCGCGGCGAUCUCCACCGACGCAGGGGGGAGCGGCCAGCAGACCCACGGUGGAGGGGAGCUGGGGGAAGGGGAGACGGGCUUGCAGGGGCCGGCAGGCGGCGGUGCGGUGGAGCAGGUGGGAGAGGGUUCGUGGCAGAGCACGAGGUACAAGGCCGAGAUACUGUCGCAUCCGCUGUACGACCAGCUGCUGUCGGCACACGUGGCGUGCCUCCGGAUCGCGACUCCGGUGGACCAGCUGCCGCGGAUCGACGCUCAGCUGGCCCAAUCUCAGAACGUGGUGGCCAAGUACUCGGUGCUCGGUCCCGGCAACCAGAUGCUCGGAGACAACAAGGAACUCGAUCAGUUCAUGACACAUUAUGUCUUGCUACUCUGCUCCUUCAAAGAACAACUACAGCAGCAUGUGCGUGUUCAUGCAAUGGAAGCAGUGAUGGCUUGCUGGGAGCUUGAACAGUCCCUACAAAGCCUCACAGGUGUCUCUCCUGGUGAGGGCACAGGUGCUACCAUGUCUGAUGAUGAUGAUGACCAGGCAGACAGUGAAACAAAUUUAUUUGAUGGAAGCUUGGAUGGACCUGAUAGCAUGGGAUUUGGUCCCCUUAUUCCAACAGAGAGUGAAAGGUCCUUGAUGGAACGGGUCAGGCAAGAGCUGAAGCAUGAACUGAAACAGGGGUACAAAGAGAAAAUUGUCGACAUAAGGGAGGAGAUUCUGCGCAAGCGAAGGGCUGGAAAACUUCCGGGGGAUACCACUUCUGCUUUGAAGGCUUGGUGGCAGGCCCACUCUAAGUGGCCAUACCCAACAGAGGAUGACAAGGCUCGGUUAGUGGAGGAAACAGGACUACAACUAAAGCAGAUAAAUAACUGGUUCAUCAAUCAAAGGAAAAGGAACUGGCACAGCAAUCCAUCAUCAUCCAUUUCUCUGAAAAGUAAGCGCAAAAGGAUGACAGGCUGAGGAUAGAAACGAGUAUCCACUGCAAGCCAUUUCACUGUUACAGUGGGGACUUUGGCAAAGAUCAGUGCAUGACAAAUCUGAAUCAAGGGAUGCACAUGAAUCUGCGGCGAUCCUCAUAUAAUAACCCAUAUUAUUUAUAAAGAAAGCUAAUGUUAGCAUUUAAAGGUGAUAAUAGAUAUUUCUGGAGAUAAUGCGUGCAGUGGCAGUCAUGGUGGAAUCGAAAUAUCAGAUUUGAAGAUAAUGUCAAAAGAUUCUUUAACUUUUGUCACCCACGUGUUGGUGGACUAAGUUUUAUUUUACCCCUAUACAUGUAAUUUUAUAAGAAGGUAGAGGUCUGGGUGUACAGUGUAAUAAAUUGUUAUGAUGCACUACUAUGAUUAGUUAUAAUGACAAUCUUGAUUUUACAUUGUGUAGCAAAGCAGACUAGAAUAUAUAUAUAUGUAACUAUUUUGGUA